GGCUUAUAACCACAACUUCAAGAAAGCUAGAUCGUGAACAACAAGCAGAACAUUUUCUCGAGGUCACAGUAACGGAUGGAGGGGUCUCUCCCAAGCAGUCUACGGUAUGGCUAGUGGUGCAGGUUUUGGAUGAAAACGAUAACAAGCCUCAGUUCCCAGAGAAAGUCUAUCAGGUCAAGUUGCCUGAAAGGGACCGGAAGAAGAGAGGGGAGCCCAUAUACCGAGCCUUUGCCUUCGACAAGGACGAAGGCUCCAACGCCGAGAUUUCCUACAGCAUUGUGGAUGGAAACGAAGACGCCAAGUUCUUCAUUGACCCCAAGACCGGGAUGGUUUCUUCGCGAAAGCAGUUCACUGCGGGGAGCUACGACAUCUUAACCAUCAAAGCAGUUGACAACGGCCGGCCCCAGAAGUCUUCUACAGCACGCCUCCACAUUGAAUGGAUUAAGAAACCACCUCCAUCCCUCAUUCCUCUGACUUUCGAUGAGCCCUUCUAUAACUUCACCAUCAUGGAAAGCGACCGAGUGACGGAAAUUGUCGGCGUGGUCUCCGUGCAGCCGGCUAACAUCCCCUUGUGGUUUGACAUCGUCGGUGGCAAGCAUGCCCGGGAGAUGUUCUAUACCCUACAGACAGCUUGUGGGCAGAACUGCUCAACCGAAGGGGGGAAUUUCGAGAGCUCUUUCGAAGCGGACAAAGGUGUGGGGACGAUUGUCGUCGCAAAACCCUUGGACGCGGAGCAGAGGUCGAUGUACAACAUGACAGUGGAAGUCACCGAUGGAACCAAUGUAGCCAGCACUCAGGUAUUAAUCAAAGUUUUGGACAACAACGAUAACGGUCCAGAAUUUUCCCACCCAAACUACGAUGUGAUGAUUUCUGAGGACAUCAUGCCUGACACCGAGAUCCUUCAAGUAGAAGCCAUGGACAGAGAUGAGAAGCACAAGCUCAGCUACAUCAUUCACAGCAGCCUCGAUUCCAUCAGCAUGAGAAAAUUCAGGAUGGAUCCCAACACCGGCGUGCUCUACACCGCUGAGCGCUUAGAUCACGAAGCUCAAGAUAAGCACAUCCUCAACAUAAUGGUUCGAGACCAGGAGUUUCCCUACCGGCGUAACUUGGCGAGGAUCAUUGUAAACGUGGAGGAUUCCAACGAUCACAGUCCUUACUUCACCAGUCCUCUGUACGAAGCCUCUGUCUUUGAAUCGGCUGCCGUUGGAUCUGCAGUGUUGCAGGUCACUGCCCUGGACAAAGAUAAAGGAGAGAACGCAGAGCUGAUGUACACCAUAGAAGCAGGGAAUACCGGAAACACGUUCAGGAUUGAACCAAUCCUAGGCAUCAUUACCGUGCUGAAAGAACCAGACCUGACCACCAUGAACCAGUUUGUGCUAUCAGUUAAAGCGUCCGACCAGGGUUCUCCCCCGUUGUCAGCUACUGCCAUUGUCCGCAUAUCUGUGACGAUGUCGGACAACUCCCACCCCAAAUUCACGCACAAGGAAUGGCAAGCUGAAAUCAAUGAAAAUGUUGAUUUUGGGACUUCGGUUAUCCAAGUCUCGGCGAUCAGUCAGUCUACAUUAGUGUACGAAGUCAAAGAUGGCAACGUAGAUGGAGCCUUCAUGAUCAACCCUUAUUCUGGAGUCAUCACGAGCCAGAAGUCUCUUGAUUAUGAACACACUUCCUCUUACCAGCUCACAGUGCAAGCCACAAACAUGGCAGGGAUGGCAUCAAAUGCCACGGUAAACAUCCAGAUAGUGGAUGAAAAUGACAACCCACCUGUUUUUCUUUUUUCUCAGUACUUGGGCAGCAUCAGUGAAGCCGCACCUGUCAAUAGCAUUGUCCGGAGUGUGGGAAACAAUCCACUUGUAAUACGAGCCACGGAUGCUGAUAGUAAUCAAAACGCACUGCUCGUCUACCAGAUUGUUGAGUCAACCGCCAAGAAUUAUUUUACGGUAGACUCUAGUACUGGUGCAAUUAGAACGAUUGCUGAUUUGGAUCACGAAACCAUUGCUCAUUUCUACUUCCACGUUCACGUUCGAGAUAGUGGCAAUCCGCAGCUUACUGCAGAAAGUCCUGUGGAAGUUACCAUUGAUGUAAUGGAUGUCAACGAUAAUCCUCCAGUUUUCAGCCAGGCAAUGUUUGAAACCAUCUUGCUUCUACCGACUUACGUGGGAGUGGAGGUUCUACAAGUCAAGGCCGUGGACCCAGAUUUAGAAGUCCCGUCUGAACUGACUUACAGCCUGAUUGAAGGGAACACAGAAUAUUUUCUCGUUGAUUCAAUUUCUGGGGUGUUAACCAUAAAAAACAACAGCCUUUCCAAAGACCAUUACAUGCUGAUCGUGAAAGUGUCCGAUGGGAAAUUUUACAGUAGUGCUAUUGUGACAAUAAUGGUCAAGGAAGCCAUGGACAGCGGUCUUCACUUCACUCAGAGCCAUUAUUCUACAUCAAUCUUGGAGAACAGUACCAACGUCACCAAGGUAGCAGUGGUCAGUGCGAUUGGAAACCGUCUGAACGAGCCUUUGAAGUAUAGCAUAUUAAACCCAGGGAACAAAUUCAAGAUCAAACCCACUUUAGGCCUUAUUCAAACUGUUGGCCUCCCGUUUGACAGAGAAGAACAGGAAUUAUAUGAAUUGGUGGUGGAGGCUAGUCGUGAGCUGGACCAUCUACGGGUGGCCAGAGUGGUUGUCCGAGUUCUCAUUGAAGACAUCAACGACAAUGCUCCGGUAUUUGUUGGUCUUCCAUACUAUGCUGCCGUUCAAGUUGAGGCUGAUCCUGGCACUCUGAUAUACCGAGUGAGGGCCAUUGAUAAAGACAAGGGUGCAAAUGGGGAUGUGUCUUACCUAUUGAAGGAGGACUACGGCCACUUUGAAAUCGACAGUCAUAGUGGGAGCAUCACUUUGAAAGCGCCCUUUAACUCCGACUUAUCCAAUAUAGAAUAUUUAAUUAUUGUCAUAGCUAAAGACGGAGGGGACCCGUCACUGUCUGCUUCUGUGGAACUGCCCAUCACCAUUGUUAAUAAGGCCAUGCCCAUCUUUGACAAGCCCUUCUACACAGCCUCUGUCAAUGAAGACAUAGACAUGAACACCCCGAUCCUGAGCAUCAAUGCUACCAGCCCAGAAGGUCAAGGUAUCAUUUACAUCAUAGUAGACGGGGACCCUUAUAAUCAGUUCAACAUCGACUUUGACACAGGAGUCCUCAGUGUCAUCAGUCCAUUAGACUAUGAACUCAAUCCCAUUUUCAAGUUGACGGUGAGAGCCAGUGAUGCUCUUACUGGAGCCCGAGCUGAAGUUACGGUGGACUUGAUUAUCAAGGAUGUCAAUGACAAUGCCCCAGUUUUUGACCAUUUUGCUUAUAACGCCACCUUAACCGAAGCCUCCUUGAUUGGGACUCCUGUCUUGCAGGUCAUUGCUACCGAUGCCGAUUCCGACAAUAACAAAAUCAUUCAGUACCAGAUAGUCCAGGACACUUUCAACAGCACGGAUUAUUUUCACAUCGAUGGGACAAGCGGACUGAUCCUAACUGCCCGCUUGUUGGACCAUGAACUGAUGCAGCAGUGCAGCUUAAAAGUACGGGCCACUGAUAAUGGAUUCCCACCUCUAAGCAGUGAAGUUCUAGUAAAUAUCUACGUGACAGAUAUGAAUGACAACCCGCCUAUUUUUAAUCAGUUGAUCUAUGAAUCUUACGUCAGUGAAUUAGCUCCUCGGGGUCAUUUUGUGACCUGCGUCCAAGCUUCCGAUGCAGACAGCUCUGAUUUUGACCGAUUGGAAUACAGUAUCUUGUCUGGAAAUGACCGUACCAGUUUUGUGAUGGAUACCAAGAGUGGCAUCAUCACACUGUCAAAUCAUCGGAAGCAGAGAAUGGAAUCAAUGUACAGCUUGAACGUUUCGGUUUCUGAUGGUUUGUUUACCAGCACUGCUCAAGUCCAUAUCAGGAUUCUUGGUGCUAAUUUGUACAGCCCCGUAUUCACACAAAGUAUUUAUGUGGCAGAAGUCAGAGAAAACGCUGUCCCAGGAACUAGAGUGAUCCACGUAAAAGCAACCGAUGGAGAUUCGGGCGUCUAUGGUCAGAUCAGUUACUCCAUCAUCAACGAUUUUGCCAAAGACAGAUUUGUCAUUGACAACAAAGGGCAGAUCCUCACCACGGAGAAACUCGAUAGGGAGGUCCCUUUAGAAGGUGACAUCACCAUAUUUUUAAGAGCUCUCGAUGGUGGAGGGAGGAGCACGUUCUGCACGGUCCGAGUCAUAGUGGUGGAUGAGAACGACAACGCCCCACAGUUCAUGACUGUGGAAUAUAGAGCAAGCGUCAAAGCAGAUGUUGGGAAAGGCCACUUAGUCACCCAGGUCCAAGCUCUUGAUCCUGAUGAUGGAGCCAAUGCUAGGAUUGUCUACUCCCUGUAUAGUGAAGCCUCUGUUUCUGUUGCGGAUCUCCUGGAAAUUGACCCAGACAAUGGAUGGAUGGUAACCAAGGGGAAUUUCAACCAGCUGAAAAAUACGGUGCUAUCUUUUUUUGUCAAAGCCGUUGACGGUGGCAUUCCUGUGCGACAUUCCCUUAUCCCUGUAUACAUACACGUUUUACCUCCAGAAACCAUCCUGCCUUCGUUUUCUCAACCCCAGUAUUCCUUUACAGUAUCAGAAGAUGCCCUCAUAGGGAGCACAAUUGAUGCGCUCCACGUUUUGCCGAACCAAGGCGUCGCCUACAGCACAGUCAACGGCGAUUUGACCGGAAACAACAAGGAUGGAGUUUUUAUUAUAGAGCAAGACACUGGCAUUAUAAAACUGGACAAGAGGCUGGAUCAUGAGGCAGAUCCCGCCUUUCAUUUUAAAGUGGCUGCAACCUUACAGCUUGAUAAAGUGGACAUUGUGGUCACCGUGGAUGUGGACAUUAAAGUUCUAGACAUCAACGACAACAAGCCUAUUUUUGAGGCGGCCAAGUAUGACACGAUCGUAAUGGAGGGAAUGCCAAUAGGGACUAAACUUGUACAAGUCAAAGCAACCGACGCAGAUUCGGGAGCCAACGGUCAAGUCACCUAUUCUCUCUUAACAGAAUUAGAUAUUGACCGGAUCUCGGAAGUGUUCACUAUUGACAGCAACAGUGGCUGGAUCAGCACCUUAAAAGAUUUAGACCAUGAGACGGAUCCCACUUUUGCCUUCACGGUGGUUUCUUCUGACUUGGGAGAAGCCCUGUCCCUCUCCUCAACCACCUUAAUCUCCGUCACUGUGACUGACAUCAACGACAAUGCUCCCGUAUUCCAGCAGGAGAUGUACAGGGGGUCUGUGAAAGAGAGCGACCCACCGGGAGAAGUCGUGGCUGUCCUUAGCACUCGGGAUGAAGAUACCUCUGACAUCAACCACCAAAUCAGCUACCAUAUUACAGGAGGAAACCCCAAAGGGAAGUUUGCUCUUGGCCUGGUUCAGAAUGAAUGGAAGGUGUAUGUCAAGAGGCCUCUGGAUCGAGAAGAACAGGAUGUCUACCUGCUGAACAUUACAGCCACUGAUGGACUGUUCGUCACCCAGAGUGCGGUGGAAGUGACCGUCACCGAUGUGAAUGACAACAGCCCAGUCUGCGAUCAGAUCAAGAGUACUAAACGCUCCAAAGGAGGAGACCACACUUGUACACCAUCCCUACAAUAA